AUGUUUCGCAGUGUACAGGCUGUGCGAUCGCUAUCCACUUCCAUAGCUAAUAAGCAGGACCUAGUGCAACAAGCAUUCGUGAAGAAGAUCCGGGAAUUUGCUCAAAAAGGAGGAGAUCUCACCUCAGAUCCGGCGGUAAAAAAAGCUCUUAAUGAUGAACUUAAUCGACUUGCAGCGAAAUUUCAGUUGGCAAAUGCCGACGUUGUAGGCAAGCUGCCGACGCAUUUCGAUCCUCCAAAGGUUGACUCAUCCGUCCAACAGUUAUUAGAGGGCAACUCUCUCGUAAAGAUGAUCGAAGACGUAAAAAAGGAGAGAGAAGAAUACAUAGCCGCAAAGAAAGCGAAGCAGGCUGCCGAGGCCGCACGUCUUGCCGCUCUCAAACAAUAG